CCAAACCCCUCACCCGCAGCGGCAGCCCUCCCCUCCCCCGAGGUCGCAGCCUUAUCCUCUCCCCCUCAGGAAGUCAUGGCUUCAACCUUCAGUGCCACUUCUACGGUUGGCCUCAUGGCUGCUCCAACCGGGAUUGUAUCAGACAAGAAGCCAUCUUCUCUAUCUUCAGUGUCAUCUGUUUCUGUUGCUAGCCGGCCACUUAAUGCACGCUUUCAGAGGAAGUGCAACUUCAGAGUAAAAGCAGCCAAGGAGCUGUACUUCAACAAGGAUGGCUCGGCUAUCAAGAAGCUUCAGACUGGAGUAAACAAGCUUGCUGACCUUGUUGGAGUUACGCUGGGACCAAAGGGAAGGAAUGUUGUUUUGGAGAGCAAGUAUGGUUCCCCUAAGAUUGUUAACGAUGGUGUUACAGUUGCAAGAGAGGUUGAGCUGGAGGAUCCUGUUGAAAAUAUUGGAGCUAAGUUGGUUAGGCAAGCGGCAGCAAAGACCAAUGAUUUAGCUGGAGAUGGCACAACUACUUCUGUUGUGCUUGCUCAGGGGCUGAUUGCCGAGGGUGUUAAGGUCGUUGCAGCUGGUGCUAAUCCUGUGCAAAUUACACGUGGUAUCGAGAAAACUGCAAAAGCACUAGUUGAAGAACUAAGGAAAUUGUCAAAGGAGGUUGAAGACAGUGAGCUUGCAGAUGUUGCUGCAGUCAGUGCUGGCAACAAUUAUGAAAUUGGUAACAUGAUAGCUGAGGCUAUGAGCAAGGUUGGCAGGAAGGGUGUGGUUACCCUUGAAGAAGGGAGAAGUUCUGAAAAUAAUCUCUAUGUUGUGGAGGGAAUGCAGUUUGAGCGUGGUUAUAUCUCCCCGUAUUUUGUAACUGACAGCGAGAAAAUGUCUGCAGAAUAUGAGAACUGCAAACUUCUUUUGGUGGACAAAAAAAUCACCAACGCAAGGGAUCUUAUCAAUGUUUUGGAGGAGGCCAUAAGAGGUGCAUACCCAAUUCUGAUAAUUGCUGAGGACAUUGAGCAGGAGGCUCUUGCUACUCUUGUUGUCAACAAGCUUAGAGGGUCAUUGAAGAUUGCUGCUAUCAAAGCCCCUGGUUUUGGUGAACGCAAGACCCAGUACUUGGAUGAUAUUGCCAUUCUAACUGGAGCAACUGUGAUCAGGGAUGAAGUUGGGUUGUCACUUGACAAGGCAGACAAAUCAGUUUUAGGAACAGCCGCAAAGGUUGUCCUUACAAAAGAGGCAACCACAAUCGUCGGUGAUGGCAGCACACAAGAAGAAGUAACUAAGAGGGUUGCACAAAUUAAAAAUCUCAUCGAGGCUGCUGAACAGGAAUACGAGAAGGAGAAACUCAAUGAGAGGAUAGCAAAGCUUGCUGGUGGUGUUGCAGUCAUUCAGGUGGGAGCACAAACAGAGACUGAACUAAAAGAGAAGAAGUUGAGAGUUGAGGAUGCCCUAAAUGCUACCAAGGCUGCUGUUGAGGAAGGUAUUGUUGUUGGUGGAGGGUGCACCCUUCUGAGACUGGCAGCUAGAGUUGAUGCUAUUAAGGACACCCUAGAGAAUGAUGAGCAGAAGGUUGGAGCUGAAAUUGUAAGGAGGGCGCUGAGCUACCCGCUUAAAUUGAUUGCCAAGAAUGCUGGUGUUAAUGGUAGUGUUGUUACUGAGAAGGUUCUUUCUAACGAUAACUUCAAGUAUGGUUACAAUGCUGCAACUGGACAGUACGAGGAUUUGAUGGCUGCUGGUAUCAUUGACCCCACUAAGGUGGUGAGAUGUUGUCUUGAGCAUGCUGCGUCGGUGGCCAAGACAUUCCUCACAUCGGAUGUCGUCGUCGUCGAGAUCAAGGAGCCUGAGCCUGCGCCCGUCACCAACCCGAUGGACAACUCCGGCUACGGGUACUGAUGACUAAGUCACAGUCCCUUGUUAUGCGGGAAGGUCACCGGCCGUCAAUUUUUGCUUAGUAGGCUUGAAUCUUAAUUUUGGUGAGAUUUGAGUAGUUUCGAGACAAUUUGAUUUGUUUUCACCUGGAAGCGAAAUAAGCAGGGACACUAUAGUAAAAUUUGUGGUGUAACUGGAACGGCUAUCAUAUUACGAAGGAAGAUAUUUGAAAAUUUUCAGGCAGUUACGCUGUGUUUA